AUGGGGAGGAAGAAGAAGACGGUCCGGGUGAUCGACUGGUGGGAGAAGGUGACGCUCCCCGUCAAACGGGCCUGGGUCUUCGUCACCUCCCGCGUCGAGGCUCGCCGGAAGUCCAGUGAGUCCUCCGUCCCCCUCCUCCGCGUUUGGGCCCCUUUCUUUGAGACAUCAUCCCGGGUUUUCUUCUUCCGCGGUCGGCGCCAUGAAAGCCUCCUCCUCUAACUCUCUCUGUAUCUCUCUCUCCCUCUUUUUAUGUGUUGCAGUGGCGGGGAUAAUGAAGCUCCACAACGACGUGCAGAUGUGCGGCUACGAGGACGUGCAGGUGAUGUGGGAGAUGCUGCGGUCGGAGAUGGAGCUCUCCGCUCACGCGGCCAGGCGCCGGCGGCCCUUCUGGAGGGUCAUCGUCUGGUCCGGCCCGGCGGUGCCGCCCGAUCGCCGGCGGCAACCCUCCCCUAUCCCUCACUGA